GGUAGCUGAAUAAGACUUGCUACCUCAAACUAUCAGAGGAAGACCGAAGAGAGAUGUCUGUGAUUUGGGUUAAUAUUGGUUUAAUCUUUGUGCUGAUCAGCCAUGGAACUGAAGCUUCUUAUCAUGAACAAAGAGAUUUUGAUCAGUGCCUUUCUAAUGGUCAGCCCUACAGAGCCGGCUUUCACUUUCAACCUCCUAAGAAUUGGAUGAAUGAUCCUAAUGGGCCAAUGUACUAUAAGGGACUUUACCACCUGUUCUAUCAGUACAAUCCGUUCGGUCCAUUAUGGCGUAAGAACAUUACAUGGGCACAUUCAAUAUCAUCCGAUCUCAUCAACUGGGUCCAUCUUGAUCAUGCCCUACACCCCAUCGAUCCUUUCGACAUCAACGGUUGUUGGUCGGGUUCCACCACAUUCCUUGAUGGGAAAAUUCCUGCGAUUCUAUACACUGGAAUCGACUCCCAAAACCGUGAAGUCCAAAACUUGGCUCUCCCCAAGAACCCAUCAGACCCUUUUCUAUUAGAAUGGUCCAAAUCUCCACACAAUCCUUUGAUGAUUCCGACAAAUGGGCUUGAACCAGAUUGGUUCAGAGACCCAACAACUGCGUGGCUAGGCCCGGACAAGAUUUGGCGGGUCGUCGUUGGGGCCCAAAUUGAUGGAAAAGGAAUGGCCAUUUUGUACAAGAGCAAAGACUUUGUCAAGUGGAAUAGGACUGAUUAUCCGCUACACUCGUCUGCAAAAACUAACAUGUGGGAGUGUCCUGAUUUUUUCCCUGUUAGUGUUAAUAGCACAAAUGGUAUUGAUUUUUCGGAUGAUCAAGAUCAAUUUAAUACUAAACAUGUUCUUAAGGCAAGUUUCAAUAGCCAUGACUACUAUACAUUGGGGAAAUACGUGGCCAAAACAGACGAAUUUGCGGUUGAAACUGAUUUCUUGGAUGUUGUUGGUUGGGAUUUGCGAUUAGAUUACGGUAAGUUUUACGCUUCCAAGGCAUUUUAUGAUGGUGCAACGCAAAGGAGGAUAUUAUGGGCUUGGGUUAAUGAGUCCGACAGUGAUUUGGAUUCCGUGAACAAAGGAUGGUCCGGCCUUCAGACAUUUCCUAGAAGUAUUAUUCUAAGCAAGUCUGGACGACAAUUAAUACAAUGGCCAAUUAAAGAAAUUGAGAAACUGAGAAGCGACAAAGUUGAUCUUCAAAAGAAGCUUGACCUUAAGGGCGGGUCAGAGUUUGAAGUUUUUGGUGUCACAGCUUCACAGGCGGAUGUGGAAGUUACAUUUGAUGUGGAGGAACUAAAAAAGGCAGAGUUGUUUGAUCCUAGUUGGGUUGAUCCCCAACUGCUUUGCAGUCAGAAAAAUGCAUCUGUUAGAGGUGAAAUUGGUCCGUUUGGUUUGUUGGCUUUGGCUUCCAAGGACUUGACAGAACAAACUGCAAUCUUCUUCCGUAUUUAUAAAAGCAAUGAAAAGUAUAUUGUUCUCAUGUGUAGUGACCAAAGCAGGUCUUCAUUGAGGGAAGGGCUUGACAAAACCACAUAUGGAGCGUUUGUAGACUUGGAUCCUACCAAAGAGAAAAUAACAUUAAGAAGCUUGAUUGACCAUUCAAUUGUUGAGAGUUUUGGUGGAGAAGGAAGAACGUGCAUCACAGCUAGAGUUUAUCCAAAAUUGGCAAUUGAUAAAGAUGCCCACUUAUAUGCAUUCAACUAUGGAAGUAAAAGCGUUAAAAUCUCAAAGCUUAAUGCUUGGAGCAUAAAGAGUGCCCAAUUUGUCACCAUGAAAGGGGAAGAAUACCAAUAAUUGGUCAGGAAUACAAUUUCGAAGAUUAAAAUAUUGUUGCCACCGAUAAUUCCUCGGGCUCGCGUUGAAUUUGUAUUUGGCCAUGCACACUGUAUGCUCCGUAUCUAUCUUAACUAUCAUAUGUAGUAAGAAUUUAAUGCUGCAAUACUUAAG